GAGAAUAUUUUGUUUCAAUCACAUUUUAAGUUUAACGAAAACAAAAAAAAAAAAUCGUUUUACCAAAAACAAAAAAGAAUUUUUCAACAAAUGACAAUUUCUACUAAAAAAGAAUUGACAAUGAACACAAGCGAAGGCGUUCUGAUCGUUGAUCCCCCCGAGGAGUUGUUGUUAGAGGGACCAUUUAAUCGAGCUAUCUGCAAAAAGUUAUUGGUUCACAAUCCUGGCAAGAAGUUGCGCAUGGCCUUCAAGCUGAAGACUACAACGCCACGCCUUUUCUUUGUGCGCCCAAAUGUGGGUGUUGUGAAGCCGGGAGAAACCUGCAAUAUUGAUAUAUUCGUACAUCCAAUAAGCGAGAAUGAAAAUACGCAACGCCACAAGUUUCUAUUGCUGGCUACCGCCAUAGAUGGUGAAGUGCCGGACUUGCAUCAGUAUUGGCGCAACCUUGAUCCUGCUAAGGCCAAUGAAAUCAAAAUUAAAAUCAAAUUUGUUGAACAGAACACUACGUUGACAGAGGCAUUACUAAGAUCUCCGAUUAAUUUGGUCGACAGUAUGGAGGGCAAUGUGGAUAGGGAAGAGAGUGAUCCCCUAGCCAAUCUAUUGAGCCAAGUCCACGAAUUGGAGGAGGAGCGCAAGACGCUGUCGCAAAAAGUCGAGGCUCUCGACAAGGCGAAUGCGCAAAUAAUUCGUCAAAAGAAGAGGAACAAGGUGCUCUACGUUAUACUCACAAUGAUGUUCGCUUUCAUAGCCUACUUCAUGUACGAGACAAAUUAUAUGUAAAUCGACGAGAAUCACUUUUAAUAACGCACUUUUAACACCAGAACACAUUGCACACGCGUAAUUGUUAAAAAUAAACCUUAAAAAAAAUUCA